AUGACGUCUACCUUGAGUGGUCAUCGAGACUCGGGUCCAAUCAACUGUGACAAUCCUCCUGUUGAAAAUGAUGGAAGUUUUAGAUCACUCUUGCGAUUUAAAGUUAUGUCUGGUGAUAUAAAUAUAGCUGAACGUUUAAAAACUGCUCAGGGAAAUGCAAGUUAUAGAAGUGCAGAUGAAACUACCAAUAUAUCGAGAAUUGAGCAAUUUUCUCUGUGUGUACGUUAUUUUGAAUUUUCUUCAAUGAAAAUGAGAGAAGAUUUCUUAAUGUUUGUUUCUGUUACUGAUGUAACAUGCAUGGGCUUAGCAAACACACUCUUAAAUACCCUUGAUAAACUUGGUAUUAAUUUGAAAUACUUAAGAGGCCAAGGUUUUGAUGGUGCAGCUACCAUGAGUGGAUGCUCUAACGGUGUACCAUCCCACGUUACCAAAAAAUAUCCACUUGCUCACUACAUUCAUUGCAACUCACAUUGUUUAAAUCUAGCAAUAUCCGACACAUGUAACAUUCAAUCUAUACGAAACUGUACUAUUACCAUACAAAAAAUUACUAAACUAAAAUUACUUUGUCCAACAAGAUGGGUCGAUCGGCAUGACUCCAUAAUUACUUUUAUGGAAUUAUUUGAUGCAGUUGUUGAUGGAUUAUCGAUUAUUUCUACAUGGCAAGACCGAGAAUCGUCAUUAGGAGCUUAUCAACUUUUGUGUGCUGUUCAUUGA